AUGGAUUUGCCGCUCACGAUGAAUGCUGUCGUGUUCGAUGGCCCGUACAAGGUUUCGCUCCAGCAACGGCCGGUCCCCAAAAUACAGGACGAUGGAGACAUCAUAGUCAAAGUCGAUGCAACGGCCCUUUGUGGAUCUGAGCUUCAUGCGUUCAGAGGCCACGAGCCCUCAGGCACGGGGUUUAUCAUGGGCCACGAGUUCGCCGGCACUGUUGUGGCGGCAGGGAAAGAUGUUAAAUCCGUCAAGGUUGGAGAUAAGGUGGUAUCUCCUUUCACAGUAUCCUGCAUGAAUUGUUUCUACUGCAAAAACGGGUAUUCGUCUCGGUGUGACCAUGUCUUACUAUUUGGCUCGGAAAAACUGGAUGGUGCUCAAGCAGAUUUUGUGCGUGUACCCCUUGCAGACGGUACAGUCGUGAAGGCACCGUCUGAGAUUGACGACAAUGCGCUGGUGCUCAUGGCAGAUAUAUUCCCCACUGGAUUCUUCGGCGCCAGGAACGCUUUUAAUAGUCUUGGCUCACAAGAUCCUUCUGAAGCCACAGUGGUGGUUAUCGGCUGCGGACCGGUAGGGUUAUGUGCCAUAAUCUCAGCGCUGGAAUAUAAGCCUAAACACCUCUUCGCCAUCGAUAGCGUUGACAGCCGUCUCGAAAUCGCCAGGAGUUUGGGCGCAGAGCCCCUCAACUUUGUGAAGGAUAGAUCAGCUAUGAUUGCUCGAAUCAAAGAAGUCACAGAUGGCCGAGGUGCAGAUGCAGUUGUUGAAGUAGUUGGCCUGAGCCCCGCCUUGAGAACUGCGUUCGACGUUAUAAGACCCUUCGGUUUCAUAAGCAGUAUAGGCGUCCACAAUUCCGAGAUUCCCUUUAGUGGUACUGAAGGGUAUAACAAAAAUGUAAGGCUACAGAUGGGACGAUGCCCAGUCCGCUCAAUCUUCACCGAUGCACUCAGCGUCCUGGUCAAGAACCAACAUAAAUUCGGGUUUAUGUUUGAGAAAAUCAUGCCCCUUUCCAUGGCCGUCUCCGGCUAUGAUCUGUUCGAUAAGAUGCAAGUGCAGAAGGUUAUUUUCAAGCCAUGA